AUGCUUGGCCGUGCCAGCGCCAACAUGAACUUUGCAUCCCUUUUGGAGUGGCCCUUAGUUAGGUGGGUGCGUAGUUGGUUUAGGCUUGAAGCAACAGAGGCUGAGCAACCAUUGCUAGCCGAAGCACCUGCUCUUGCAGAGAACCUUGACACCACAUCAGAAAGCAGCCGUGAAAGUCUAGGCUUACAACAUUAUUCGCCACGAACUCGUGCAGAAAUCCUCGGUCGAUCGCCGCCUGCGACACCGAGUGACUCUGAGCACGAAUCUGAGCAGCCAGACUCAGAACCAGAGGAUGACGAUGACGACGUGUAUCCUGGAGGCCAUGGACCAGCCUACCAAAACCAGGCCGAGCUGGUUGCACUUUAUGAGAUGGUUGGUGAAGCAGCAGCCAUCGAUGUGAUGCCAGCCAUGCAGCUGAUCCCUGCAGGUCAGCCAGCAGAAGUGCAGCAGGCACUGCUACAGGAUGAUGACAUCCUUCAGGUGAGGGAGGAUGCUGAGGUAUGGAUUGCCCCAGUGAGUGGGACCCGCUUUCAUCUCAUUGGGGAAUGCGAUGGUUUGAUGAGGGCGCGAUAUGUUCGCAGGCUGCUAUAUCGCCAGUUGCAGCUUGAGUUUCCUGGUCAGUACAGCAUGUGUCAGUUAUGCCAGUUUUGGGCCAGAGAGCUCGGGCGUCGCCAGGACAUUGCCCGCUUGGCUGCCAUGUUCCACAUCCUUCAUGUGGGUGGUCAGCAGAUCCCAAAUCCAGUGCCUCAGAACCUUCCGGAGCCAGAACCGCACGAUGAUACGUGA